AACCGGGCAGAGCAGUGUGGGCGGGAAACGCAGGGCGGGAGCGCAUAAAGGGGCGGAGCCUGAGGCUGGAGGGGCCCGGGCGCAAGAAGUGGGCGGAGCCAGGGCGGACAGGCGGACAGAGCGCGCGCGCCGGCCAGCAGUCGCCAUGGCGCCUCCACAGCAGGCUCGGGUUUUGCGAUGCUGCCACUGCCUGCUUUUCCAGGCGCACCAGGUAAAAAAGAGUCUCAAAUGGACAUGCAAAGCUUGUGGAGAGAAGCAGUCGUUUUUCCGGGCUUACGGUGAGGGCUCUGGUGCUGACUGUAGACGCCACGUCCAAAAAUUAAAUCUGCUGCAGGGGCAGAUUUCAGAGCUGUCACUCAGGUCUCUGGAGGAGUCCGUAAACGCCGAGGAGGAGGAAAAUGCAGACCCUCUGCAGGCUGUGCAUGCAAGUCUGCAGGAAAAACCCCAGCCCUCAGAGAGCCGCUGGCUGAAGUAUCUGGAAAGUGACUCCAAAGACCUGGGGCUGGAAGAAGGAGGCACGCCCUCAGCUACCACCACAGAGACGCCAGACCCUCCCUUCAGUACAGGCCUGCCUAGAAAAAGGAGAUGGGGCCAGAGCACAGUUCAGCCUCCAAGCUGCCCUGAUGUCCAGGACUUUAGAAACUGUAAGGUCACCUCGGAGCCUCUGAAGGAUCAUGCUGGCCUGGCAGCAAAGGUCAAAGGAAGCAGUCCUGUGGACUGGGACACCAGGGAGCUCAUCAUUCCUCGAGAACCAGCACGUCCUGCCCAGCAGGUCAAGGCCACGUCUUCUAAGUGGGAACAGUUUCUUCCACCACUUGGAAACAGCUCAAGUGUGGACACGGAGCCCCCGACACCCCUGCAGCAAGGACACAGGCCAGCGCUGGCAGCACAGGCUGAGCAGGGGACUCCCAGACCUCAGGCCCCAAGGGAAGGAGGCCUCCGUGGGACCCCUGGUGCACUCCAGCCUCCUCAGGACUCACACUCUGCCAUGCCUGAGCCCAAGAGGCUCUGUGGGAAGACCCCCAGGCAGCCACAGGGCACGGGCCCAUGGGCAGAGGGUGGGCUCUUGGUCAGAGGGGCACAGGAGCCUUCACCCAUGCGACUGUGUGACCUCUUUAAAACCGGUGAGGACUUUGAUGAUGAUCUGUGAAUUGAAACUAGUAUGGUGUUAAUGUGGACCUAUAUUUUUAAUGUAGACACAGCUGUCACAUGAGCCCUUCUCCACUUGACCUCUGUGCCCCUGGAAACAGCUCCACAAAAUGCUUUUCAACAGUAGGACUGAAAUGAUUCCUGGCGACUACCAAGAACCGAGAAGAAACGUGACUAGCACACAGAUCAUCUCUGUUGUGACAUUUUUUGAUUAAAGUGCUUAUACCAUUUAAUUACAGAUUGUUUACAAAUGUGGUAACAGAAUGGCUACAAAGUGAUUUUCUUACUUUAAAAGCAGCUGACAGCACUGGGAAAUGAGAGAACUACAGUGGUUAUGAAACAGGCAGUACUCAGUGAACACCAAGGUCAGUUCCCCUUCCAGCCCUUCUCUAGUCCCAGAUGUGCAGCCAAAGUCCCAGAGCUGUCCUGCCCUCUGGUACUCACCACAGGACAGCCACCUCCGCCCCGACACAAUGCUGGCUAUACUCUAGCUCCAUUCAGAGUACAUCCGUUUCUAGCAGAAAAUCAACUACAUAUUAGUGUACUAUUAGUCAUUUUAAAAAGAAAAAAAAAA